GGCCCCGCUGACGCGGCCGCGGCCUGGCGCCGCCAUCGCCAUCGCCCGAGCGGGGCCGCGGCCAUGCUGCGCCCCAAAGCGCUGACGCAGGUGCUGAGCCAGGCCAACACCGGCGGGGUCCAGAGCACCCUGCUCCUGAACAACGAGGGCUCCCUGCUCGCCUACUCAGGCUACGGCGACACCGAUGCCAGGGUCACCGCUGCCAUCGCCAGCAACAUCUGGGUGGCCUACGACAAGAACGGGCACCAGGCUUUCAAUGAAGACAACCUCAAGUUCAUCCUCAUGGACUGCAUGGAGGGGCGAGUGGCCAUCACGCGGGUGGCAAACCUGCUGCUCUGCAUGUACGCCAAGGAGACGGUGGGAUUCGGGAUGCUGAAGGCCAAGGCACAGGCGCUGGUCCAGUACCUGGAGGAGCCGCUCACGCAGGUGGCCGCAUCCUGAGCGUGGGGCUGAGGGGCUCGUGCAAAGACCCUUCACUCUGACACCAUCACUGGUGUGGGUGGGGGGCAAAUGGCCCCGUGGGCGUCCUGGAGCUGAGAAAUAAGGUGUGGGGAACAAACAAGCUGGGGGAAGGGAUGAAUAAAAGCGGUUUUGAUGCUUGUGUCA